CUUCAACAUGGCUUCAUUUGUGACGAGUUCAGGAAAAAACUAAGCCUCAUUACAAAUCCCAGGCUAUUCUCUUUUUCACCAUUCCCAGGACGUCAAACGGGGACCAAAGCUUGGGAAAUCUAUUUAAGAGCUUAUACUCAGUACUUUUUUUGUUUAAGGCCAAGGUGAGACGACGUUGACCAGAGCACUCAGGUUUACACAGUGUGGGUUUCAGCCAGCAUAUAUGAGACUGCAGUCUGAUGCCCUCUCUGUCAAUUCCGCCUGCCAUGGACGGGCACAGUUAUUCACAUCAGGAGGGAUCUCAUGUAGACGCUGGAGGGUUCAUCCUGCCUCCUGCUAUGACGUCGGACUUCUUCUAUUUCAGAGCCAUGUGUUCGCCAACAACCUUUGGAGCUUCCCUCAUCAGUCAUACAGCUGUCCUGUGCAAUCUGAAAACCAGCAACACCUUUUCAAUGGCACGUCAGAGAUGCUCACGGAUGUGUUUCACAACGGCUUCGACUUUGACUUCUCUAGUCUUGGUCUCCCUAGGAAUGGAGAACUCCCUCAGGACCUCUCUUGUCUAGAUGAUCUAGCAAUCUUCUCCUCUCCAAAUGACUCCUUGUCCGAAUAUGCAUAUACUAACUUCCUCAAUACUGACAACAUGGCACCCAAUGUGCCCACAAUAUGGGACAUCAACACACCAGCAUCAGUCCCAGAGAAUCCUAACAGGUUUCAAGGUUUAAACUCUUUGGAUGACAUCACUGCUAUCAUAAAUACACCAUCAAUAGGAGGUUAUCAGAGACCCCAACCACAGCCAGAAGAGGAAGAGGAAAUAGAGGUGGAGGAGACAGAAGAGCUGGGUCACGUUGACACCUACGCAGACUACAGGCCCUCUAAAUCCAAUAUAGGAAUAUCCCACCCAGACCGAGUGGUUGAGACCAACACUUUAUCCAGUGUACCUCCUCCAGAUAUCACCUACAACUUGUCCAUACCAGAUUCCACAAUUAACAGUGGCUUUCUCUCUGCCCUGCAGCUGGAGGCCAUUAUCUAUGCCUGCCAGCAACAUGAAGUCAUCCUGCAGAACAACCAGCGGGCUGGCUUCCUCAUUGGGGAUGGCGCUGGAGUGGGCAAAGGCCGCACAGUGGCUGGAAUCAUUCUAGAAAACUACCUAAAGGGAAGGAAGAAAUCAUUGUGGUUCAGCGUCUCCAAUGACCUGAAAUAUGACGCAGAGAGAGAUAUUCAAGACAUUGGGGCAUCCAAUAUAAAAGUGCAUGCAUUGAAUAAGAUAAAGUACGGAGACACAGCUACUUCAGAAGGGGUCUUGUUUGCAACCUACUCAGCGCUGAUCGGGGAGAGUCAGGCAGGUGGCCAGCACAGAACACGCUUGAAGCAGAUCCUAGACUGGUGUGAACCGGGUUUUGAUGGAGUUAUUAUAUUCGACGAAUGCCACAAAGCCAAAAAUGCUACAUCCACAAAGAUGGGCAAGGCUGUGCUGGAUCUGCAGAACAAGUUACCGCUGGCAAGAGUGGUGUACGCCAGUGCCACAGGUGCCUCCGAGCCAAAAAACAUGAUCUACAUGAGUCGUCUGGGAAUCUGGGGAGAGGGAACCCCCUUCAGAACUUUUGAUGACUUCCUUCACACUAUUGAGAAAAGGGGUGUGGGAGCCAUGGAGAUUGUUGCAAUGGAUAUGAAGGUCAGCGGGAUGUACAUUGCACGUCAGCUCAGUUUCUCUGGGGUUUCCUUCCGCAUAGAAGAGAUCAGCUUGGAUGAUGAUUUCAAACUUGUCUACAACAAAGCUGCCAAACUUUGGGCGGACGCCUUAGCCUUAUUCAUGCAGGCAGCUGAUGAGCUGUGCAUAAGCUCCAGAAAGUCCCUGUGGGGUCAGUUUUGGUCAUCCCACCAGCGUUUCUUUAAAUACCUCUGCAUCGCUGCCAAGGUUCGCUGCCUGGUGGAACUGGCUAAAAAGGAGUUGGAAGCAGGAAAGUGUAUUGUGAUAGGACUACAGUCAACGGGUGAGGCUCGAACCAGAGAAGUACUUGAUGAAAAUGACGGACACCUGGACAGAUUUGUUUCUGCUGCAGAGGGUGUGUUUCAGUCUCUGGUCCUCAAACACUUCCCAUCAGAGAAGCAGAGAAGAGAAAAAGGAGCAGGAAACAAGAGGAAACGUAAGCCACGGGCAAGGCAGCCCAAGCAAGCCAGACAUGGUACUGACAUGGCAGGAGUUAUUAUCAACAUCAGUGAUGACAGCAGCACUGAAUCUGAUGCCAUGGACAGUGACUCCAACUCCUCGCCUGACUCUGUCCAGGACAACAGUGAUGAUGUCAUCUUCGUCAAUCACACUAGCUAUCAAAUGGUGCGGUUAGAGGAGAUGAAACAAGGGCUUCUCAACAAGAUCUCUGAGCUGGGAAAAGAACUACCUCUCAAUACAUUAGAUGAGCUCAUAGAUAAAUUUGGAGGUCCAGAAAAAGUAUCUGAGAUGACGGGACGUAAAGGCAGAGUGGUGCGUCGGCCUGAUGGCAGCGUCGGAUACGAGUCCCGUGCUGAGCAGGGCUACACCAUCGACCAAAUCAACAUCAAAGAGAAGGAUCGCUUUAUGAAUGGAAACAAGUUGGUAGCCAUCAUAUCAGAAGCAGCCAGUUCGGGGAUCUCACUUCAGGCUGACAGAAGGGUGAAAAAUCAGCGGCGGAGGGUUCAUAUGACCCUGGAACUGCCUUGGAGUGCCGACAGAGCUAUCCAGCAGUUUGGCCGCACUCAUCGCUCCAACCAGGUCACAGCACCAGAGUACAUCUUCCUCAUCUCCGAACUGGCAGGCGAGCGGCGAUUCGCAUCUAUCGUGGCAAAGAGGCUUGAGAGCCUGGGUGCUCUGACUCAUGGUGACAGGAGAGCCACAGAGUCUAGAGACUUAAGCAAAUACAACUUCGAAAAUAAAUAUGGUACCAAGGCUCUUGAUAAGAUUACCAAAGCCAUCCUUGGUCAGAUUGAAAGCAAGGUACCCCCUCCAAAGGACUAUCCUGGUGGCGAUGCCAUGUUCUUUAGAGACAUGAAGCAUGGUAUGAAGGACGUAGGUAUGCUCUGCAGUCAGUCACGCUUGGGUAUCAACAUUGAGAAAGACUGCAACAUCACUAAGUUCCUCAACCGGAUCCUGGGCCUCGAGGUGCACAAACAGAACUCCCUUUUCCAGUACUUUACAGACAACUUUGACUACUUGAUCGAAAAGGACAAGAAAGAGGGCAAAUAUGACAUGGGAAUACUGGAUUUGGCUCCAGGUAAUGAUCAGAUCUAUGAGGAGACACACGAGAAGUUUCUGACUGCUGGAAACCCUCAAGAUGGCCAAGUUAUCCUUUAUAAGAUAAGUGUAGAUAGAGGUAUGCCGUGGUUGGAGGCUCUCCAGAAGGUCCAAACUCUCAACAACCAGGAUGAAGGCUUCUACUUGUCCCAUAAAUUUAGCGGUAACUACCCAUGCGUGCUGCUAGCCAUGCAGGGCAGGGAACACAACAUGAUAAUCUACAAACCAAACAUCGGCAAGCAGACCCACACGGAAAGCCUUGAUAACCUCAAGAAAAAAUACAGCAAGGUCACUCCAGAGGAGGCAAAGGAAAGCUGGGAGAGUCGGUUUACUUUUUCAUUCAAGAAAUGUAGCCAUGCUAACUGGAAUGGGAGGUGUAAAAAGGUAGAGGAAGGUCAGGAGUGCUUGAAGGGCACUCGGUUGCGUCAGUAUCACAUGCUAUGUGGCGCUCUGCUUCGCGUCUGGAAGCGGGUCUCUGAUGUAGUCGCUGAUGUCACCAGCUCCAGCAUUCUACAAAUUGUCCGACUUAAGACAAAAGGCAACAACAAGCAAGUUGGUAUAAAAAUCCCAGAGACCUGCGUGUCGAAGGUGCGUCAGGAGCUCUUCAGGAUGGACACGGAGGUGAAGCAGCGUCGACGGGAGAAGGAACAGCAGGUGCAGGAGCAGCGACAGGCUGAGGAACAUCAGAGGCUGAUACAGCAGAGGCAACAGGAGUUCUUGUCCAGUUUAUUCACCUCGCCUUUGCCAGGUCCCAGCCUGGCAAGCCUUUCGACUCCAUACAUGGACCCCAUCUCCUUCCCUUCUUUCCCUUCUCUAAAAAACCCUCUGGAGGAAAUCCUGGACCUGACCGUUUACAAUUCCUUACCCUCUUCACCAGUUAGCACUCAAGCUGGCCUGAGUGUAGAUGAUCUCUCCAGGCCAUCUGGAUCUGCGGUGGAUUACUUGAACUUUGAAGCAUUAAUUCAACAAAAGCAACAGCACCGGCCACGAGAAGAGAGCGAUUCCACACAGGAAAGCAAUUCAGUGCCGGCGAAUGACCUUUUGGAAUUGUUGUUUUCAUUAAACUCCAUAACAACACCCCCUAGUCAGACUGUCCCUGCCUCUUCAGACACACCUUAAUCAGCAGCCAUGGUCUCAUCAAGUCUCUCUUCUUCCUCUCCAGCUUCCUCAUCCUCCACUUAUUCCUUCCACUCCCUCACAAACAUUGUCGUCCUCAUCUUCUUCAUUGUGUCUCAUCUCUCUCCCUCCUAUGGACCAGCACAUGCUUCCACUGCCCAACGGCCACUGCAGCUCUGAAGCCAUCAUAAAUGUACGGGAGGUGUUGAACUGCAUGCUGUGGAACGGACCAGAACCACACCAGUCCAUCAUUCAGUAUCCACUACCCGAGUGAGACCCUUUCCAGUCUGACGCUCCUUUAAACACACACUCAGGGCUGUAGUCUCACCACUGAUCUUCACGUCCACCACUGACCUCAGUCUCGCAAACAUGAGGUUCUGCUUCGCACGAAAGAGGAAGAUAGUUCUGACCAGUUUGUGAGAACAACAAUUGUUAGCUGAGAAGCCAUUUGUUUUAAUCUGGUGUCCAAAUAUCUGCUCAAACGGAAAGUUACAAGAGCUCGUUUUCUGCCUACAUGCACAUCGAGUAUGAUCGAUGUUCACAGUUUGUCUUUUUACUAUUCUCCAGAACAUCAGGAUAUUUACUGGGGUGGUCAUCCCGGUUGUAACAUUCAUAGAUAUUUCUUGAAUUUCCUGAACUGGGGAUUUAAAUACCAUUGAUUAACCAAAGAUAGGGAAGGGGCCAUUUAGACUGAACAUGUUUUUGCGCAAAAAAAAAAAAAAAAAAAAUGGAUGCAGCUCAAUGAAUAGAACAGAACUUAGUUGCCACGAGAUGCACUUUUAAAAGCUGACGUUCUUUUAAUCUGACAUGGCAUUUAAUAAUGUGGCACUCCUUCGCUAGAUGCUGAAAAAACCGCAAAACCUGGCGCAAUGGUCAAAGACCUCCAUCUUGCACGUUUACAUAGAAAUACAAUGGAAAAACAGUGCAAACGGAUGUUCGGUGUAAACUGCCCCUAAGGCUUGUUUUAAGUCCAAUAUAAAGUUAUAUCAGGUUUAAGUCAUGUCCUACCACAUUGUAUAGUAUAUUUAGCUUGCGCUCUGCCUUCCAGUGAAGUUGUCAAGCCUCAAAUCUGCAAAACAAACAACAGGGUUCACUUGAGCGAGAAGCAUGUUUUUUUUUUGUUUUGUUUUUAUUCGCUGAACAGUCAUCAGCUUUACUUUUCCACAAUAAAUCUCUGGUAGACAAAACACUUUUCCUAAGGAGCAAGAGAACAGGCUACUGUUGAAAUGUGCCUUUGGAACCUACAAUAGAAUGUAGAUGUUUAAACACAUUCUCCUGUGCAGUUUAUGUGCAGAUGUUUAAUUGUAUUUAUUGCCUUUUAUUUAUCUCUCUGUUGUUCUAAAGUAGAACAGUCGUUCCUGCUGUCCCCCAUCUUACAGUGAAAUAAGACAAAAUAGUAAUGGUCUAUUAGUAAAUUGAUUGGUUGAUUGAUCUCAAAAGGUCUUUAGUCACAUCUAGUUUCAGUAAUCUUACAAAAUUUUCUUUGUGCUCUGGAUUGUAAGAUAAUUUCCAUACAUCCCAGUUAGGAAACAAAGAGACUGUGACAUCAAUGUUUGAUGUGGUGUAAAAUGCAUUUCGGUUAAAAUCAAGAAAGACCAACAAAGCUUUUUAUCUUGUUGAAACUAAGCACUUUUAUGCCCUAGUUUUACUAGUGACACUUUUCCACAUUGUUAGAUGUUUUUUUUUUUUUUUUAAUAGGUUCAAAAAGUUAAAUUUUAUGUAACAUGACCUGCAUACCUGCAUUACCAAAACAUUGGUAAUGUGUAUAGGAAUUACUUGAUUAUUAUUUUAAUUUAAUGUUAAAGGGACAACCCGUGCUUUUUUUUCUAUUUUAUGUUUUAGUGAUACUAUGAUAUUUGUAAUUGUGUAGAUUAAAAAAAAGUAAACGAGAACAAACGAUUCAGAACCAAUUAAAAAUUUGAUUCGACUGUGCUCGGUGGUUGAAUUCUUUGUUUUGUAGCUUUGAUUUUUGUUUGUUUGUCGUUCUUUAUGCAAAUGAAAAAUACAUUCUUGUAUAUUUUUGCAGCAAUAGCCAGAUAUCAAUUUUGAACAAAAACCCAAAUACUUACCUACAGAGAUUACUGACUCUGUGGUGUAAAACCACUCCCUAUCUCAGGAUGAAAUCUGUUAGGUAAAGAUGUCAUUUUUUUUAUACCAAAUCAGAUAAUAUGUAUCCAUUAUGUUUAUUGUAUGCAUUAAGACAUGUUUCAUCUUAUAUGUGAAAUUUAGCCUCAUGACAGAGAUUAAAUAUUAAUUAUUUAUCCAUUAUUUUUUAUUCACAGCACAAAUUUCUUGUUUUAUUCUUUAAGGGAAUUUUUUUCAGCCACAUCACCAAUUAAUGCUGACAGACUUUGCUCAAACAGAUUUGCUCUUGAAUGUUUUUUGUGCAUUUACUUGUACAGUACUUUCUCUCUCCUGAUUAUAGUUAUUGUACACAAACCAUGUGUAAUUCCCAUGAGAUUUAAUUAAAUUCAAGCAUUUGACCGAUUUACUGUCAUUAGUUUUAUUAAUUCCUACAGUUAAUAUUUUAGCGCAUCUAAUAAUUUACAUUUUAACUUUAGAAUUUAAAUGAAUGUUUAGAAGUAAAUGUAUCCAUAUCUUAUUCAGUGGGUGCCUCCCCAAAAAUAGCCAAUGAAAGAGAUGAACACAGGACUAAAGCUUCUGUUAUGCACUCUAAUAUAGUGUCUUGUACAAUGAUGAAAGCACUAUAUGAUGAGGUGAGGAAAGUGGGACAAAGUCAAAUCUACCCUCUGUUACUAAGAAAGUACUCAUUACUUAUUCUGUGUAUGAUUUGCACUAAAACAGUCUAAAAGAGUUUCUGUCUGUUGUGUGAUACAGUGCUGCCAUGGUUGUUUGCUCAUGGCCCUACAUGGGAAUGUGUUCAAUACUGUAAGCAUCUCGAUUCAUUGCCUUCACUUUAAUAUCAAUACACCAUUUACUUAAUUUAUUGCAUAGAAAAUAAGUUUGCUGAAAGAAAACAUGCUACUGAAUGUAUGUAUCUUGAAACGUUUUAUUCCUGUUUUUCUGUCUGGCACUUUUAUUAUUGGUUUUGCUUUUUGUCGUUUUCUAUAUUUAUAAUUUAGAGCCAAUUGUAUAUAUUUGUAAAAACAAAUUGUGCCUUUCAACUGUUUCUUAAAGAAAUUGUUUUCUACUUGUAUAUCUUAAUAUAAAGAACAUCACAAAAUAAAAUUUCGUUAUUGACAAAGCCACAAAUAAAAUGGUAAGACUCUUGA